GGCCUCUUACUACAUUGGACCUGGGGUGAAAUGCAGGCAAGGACAAGCAUAGUUCGUAUGCCUAGGGACGCCAUAGUCUAAGAUUAGCCUGGGAGGAGAAGCACAGAUACAUACUGCUCAUUUGUCUAGCAGGAGGCCUCAGCCUCUCCCCUGGAAGCCUGCCUUUGGCCCACACAGAACACCACAGGCUUAAGGUGAGACCUCCAUGAGCAGCCAGGCAGCCACUGCAGGUGCGCUGAGCCCUGAGUGGAGCCAUCGUUCCUGAUUCUUCAAAGUGGACCCCAAGGGAGAAAUCCACCGAAAGCAGUGGCUACCAAGCAGUCCAAGACACACAGAUGUGAACCUGGAGAUGAGACCUGAAGAAAGCUGGAGCCAUGUUGGCCUGGUGCAACGUAAAGAAGCAGAUUCUGUCUCCAACAAGUCCAUCAAUACAGAUGAGGAAGAUGGAGGUCUUCAAAUCUGCCGUGUAUGCGGGGACAAGGCCAAUGGCUAUCAUUUCAAUGUCAUGACAUGUGAAGGAUGCAAGGGAUUUUUCAGAAGGGCCAUGAAACGCAAUGUCCGGCUGAGGUGCCCCUUCCGCAAGGGGACCUGCGAGAUCACCCGCAAGACCCGGAGGCAGUGCCAGGCCUGCCGUCUGCGCAAGUGCCUGGAGAGCGGCAUGAAGAAGGAGAUGAUCAUGUCCGAUGCCGCUGUGGAGCAGAGGCGGGCCUUGAUCAAGAGGAAGAGGAGGGAGAAGACCGAAGUGCCAGCGCCCGGAGGGCAGGGCCUGACUGAAGAACAGCAGGCGCUGAUCCAGGAGCUGAUGGAUGCUCAGAUGAAAACCUUUGACACCACUUUCUCCCACUUCAAGGAUUUCCGGCUGCCUACGGUGUUUAACGGUGGCUGUGAGCUCCCAGAGUUUCUGCAGGCCUCACUGUUGGAAGACCCUGUCACAUGGAACCGAAUCAUGAAAGAUUGUGUUCCAAUGAAGAUCUCUCUGCAGCUGCGGGGAGAAGACGGCAGCAUCUGGAACUACCAGCCCCCCUCCAAGAGCGACGGGAAGGAGAUCAUCCCCCUGCUGCCACACCUGGCUGACGUGUCAACCUACAUGUUCAAAGGCGUCAUCAACUUCGCCAAGGUCAUAUCCUACUUCAGGGACCUGCCUAUCGAGGACCAGAUCUCCCUGCUGAAGGGGGCCACUUUUGAGAUGUGCAUCCUGAGGUUCAACACGAUGUUUGACACGGAAACCGGGACCUGGGAGUGUGGUCGGCUGGCCUACUGCUUCGAAGACCCUGAUGGUGCCCGGGAGACUGCCUGGUGGAGGGAGGGGGGAGAUGGCAGCCGAGGGAGACUGGGUGAUGGAGCGAAGCAGCUCGGUGAGGGGCACCUGGGUUCUUGGGUCAGGUUCCUGAGGUGCUGGCUGUCUACCCUUUACCACCCCCCCACACACACAGGCGGCUUCCAGAAGCUUUUGCUGGACCCGAUGAUGAAGCUCCACUGCAUGCUCAAGAAGUUGCAGCUGCAUAAGGAGGAGUACGUGCUGAUGCAAGCCAUCUCUCUCUUCUCCCCAGAUCGCCCCGGUGUGGUACAGCGCGGCGUGGUAGACCAGCUGCAGGAGCGAUUUGCCCUCACCCUGAAGGCCUACAUUGAGUGUAGUCGGCCAUACCCUGCCCACAGGGUCUCCUAGCAAAGGCGGGUAGCAACCACAAUGGCGGUAAAAACAGUGACACCACUCCUAAUGGCAGUACAUCUAUCAUAGCUACUAUGGAUUGGGAAGGGUCAGCUCUGGGGGCCAGGAAAUACAUGUACAUUAUAACCUGUAACAUGCAAGACCCUCCCCUGAGGUAGGUACCAACAGCAUUCUGCAAGGGAGCCAAGGCAAUGCCCACGGAUUCUACAGGGUAGAGGUGGGGCUCGGCAGCUAGCGGAUUGUCUAAGUUCAAAUCUGUCACUCAAAACAAAACAAAACUGCUUGGGGACUGGCACAGAUCAGAGCUCCCAUGCCUUCACCAGUCCUCGGGUUUCUGUGGUCUGGUGCCUGGUCUCAUGCCCACAGGCAUGGAGACAGCAGGAAACGUGAUUCCAACAAGCCUAAGGCUUUGAAGGUUGAGGCCAGUUUGGGGUCUUACAGUGUGGGGCUUGGGGUGUUACAUCUUUAUUUGCUCAGUUGCUUCCUGUAAGGAGGCUUAGGGUGCUAUAGCUAUCUUACCUACCAUGGGUAAGUGUUUGUUCAGAUGCUGGCUGCAGAGACGGGGAGAUCUGGGACUCCAGCCUGUGGGUUGCUAGCGGUAGCGACUACCCACCAAAGACGUCUUAAGUUAAUCUGCAAGGUCUGAAUUUUCUGCAGGGGUCCAUGUACAAGGACUCAAGUCCACGGGCGGGGGAGGAGGAGGUAGAUCCGAGCCUCAGACUUUAGCCCCAGCACGUGGCUAUUCUGCCUCUUCACGCAUGGGCUGAAGGAAUUCCAAACAUCCUCGCCAGGCUGUCCUGAGCUUGAACUUGUGUGCUCUCAGGUCAGGUCAGUCCGGUGGGAUGGGGAGGGGUAGCCUGAAGCGCUGACUUCUCUGCUUCUCUGGCUGCCUACAGGUUCCUGUUCCUGAAGAUCAUGGCUGUCCUCACGGAGCUUCGCAGCAUCAACGUCCAGCAAACCCAGCAGCUGCUGCGCAUCCAAGACACACACCCCUUCGCCACCCCCCUCAUGCAGGAGUUACUUAGCAGCACAGAUGGCUGAGUGGCUGUCCCUGGGUGGAGAGCUCAUGGGGCAGCCAGACCCAGACACUUGGAACCCCGCCACUGCCAGGGCUACCCAGAUGGACACACUGACAGCCAACAGCACCCCAUGACUGCAGCUGGCUAGCAUUUCUCGGGAAAAUGACACGGGAGUCCCAGAGCUCAGCCUGUGGAAAGUGCUACCCUCUUAGUUAGGCCAUCUUUGUGGUUGGGCAUAACCCCCCACAUCCCACUACAUUCUACAGUGUUAGGUGGGAGAGUGGGACCAGGUAGCCAGGUAAACUGUACAGCUAUGCCCCACACAUUCCCAACCCUAAGCUUCCUCUAGAGCUGCUUGUGUGUUCUAGACUUGAGCUCACCAUGAGGUUCGUUAGAGUCACUGCUGGGCGGGAAAAGCCUGUCCUGACCUUGUUCCGGGCAUCUCACUCAGGUCCCUCCAUCUGGCCGAAUGUACUGUUAAUCACUAAUGAUGUGACCUGCUGUGGAGGAUACAGCACGGCCUCAGAGAUCAGGAAGACAAAGCUAAAAUGGCUGUUAAUAGCUUAUAAAAUCUUCUUAUAAACAACUAUGUAGAGCAUGUGACAUGCAGUCAAGAGGGUUCUGGGAAGCCAACUGAAGAUUUCCACAUGGCAAGGUGCUUGUGGAGAAAGGGGUGGAAACUGUGGGGACCCGCACAUGACUUGGUGGGAGGAGGUCUGCACCCCAUCUGACCCUGGCUUGGCUUGCUCCCAAGGCCAGAGCACAGGGGUGACCUAUGACAAAGCUGCGGUGACAGACAAUAAAUAGCUCAAUUACCUGUGUUCACACA